UCUUCCUAGCGAUGCGCCGUGCAUCUGACGGUACUCGCUCGCUUUCCAUCCACAUUCGCCGCAUCUUACGCCUUUUUUCCAUCCUGUUCGUUGGAUCGUCGCGUUUCCCGUCACGGGUUAUCUUCCCAUCGAAUUGUAAUAAGUCGAACGAUCCUGCGUAAGGUGGAUUCGGUGAUCUGUCAGUCGCACCGUGUUCCAGCAGUGAGUGUGAUCUUUCUCUUUGGCGAAGAUUUGUUCGAAUCGUGGCGUUGAGGACUGCGAUUAUACGCGUAGCAGUGGAAAUACCAUACAGCGGUGGGAGUCGAUGCUGUGAAAGAGAUAAGCGCCACAGGUUUCAGGAAGGCUGAAAGUUUGGCGGUGGCAAGCUACGCUUCCUGGGUACGGGAGGAUGGAGGCGGCGGAGGAAAUCGUCGAUGAGAAUCCCUGGAAUACGGACGCGCGAACCGAUCACGAUUCCACGCAGCAAACUGCCAAGAGCGAAGAUCAAGAGGAGCAAGAGAAAGUUCUGUCGAUAGACAAAGUUACAGUAGAAAAGAUCGUCUUAGAAUCUGCUGGUUCUCGCGAGGUUCUUUUAACGAAGAAUGAAACUUCGUCGAAAAGAAAACUGUCGAUAAAAUCCGAACCUGGUAAGCCAGCGUUCACGCGAUCAAAAACCAACGAAUCGGCGGAUUCUAGUAAAUUUCGUGCUUCUCUUCGGGAAGAUAUUCUUGCGCCUAACAGUACCGAUAUCUGUAACGAUGCUCCGUCAAAAGAAAACACGGAAUCGACGAUUAUAGAAAAGAGAAUUGAGCCUGUUAAAUUAAGCAAGAAUCCAUCUAUAGGCAGCAUAGCGGUUUCACUGAAAAAUCCUACCCCGAGCAAGAUUUCGAGAAAAGAUUGGCCGAAAGACGAACUUGUUGGCGACAGAUCGGAAAAUAAAAGGAAGAACGAGCCUAGCGGGAAAAUCGAAGAGAAAGAAGAACGGGAUAAAGAUACGAAGGAAGACAAGAACAACGAGAUAGAAGAAAUCGACGCGAAAAAUCGGUUAGAGAAGAGCCAAACAAACAUCGAAGUAUUGCAACAGAAUCUGAACACGAAAAUCGACGCGAACACUGCUCAGAAAUAUAAAAAGAAACUACUAGAAUCGCGAGAAAACCGGGUUCUCAAGUUAUCCGACGCGGAACCUAGCGAGAAGUUGGCCAGUAAAAUCACGUUCGACGAGGAAUUUCUGCAGAAGCAUAAUCUCGACAAGAGGUUGAAGAUCGAGGAGUACGGUUUGCUGGACGUGAAUCGCGAAUCUGUUUCCACUGUAGAAGAAGAGUCAGACUCGAGGAAGAGGCCUAUCUACAGCGAGAAGGUGCUGGAAGUGGAGAAGAGGUGGUCCGGGGAGUUCCUGAAGAACCAAUUGGAUCGUCACUCCUCGGAAUCGUCCAAGUCCUCUUACGUCGAGGAGUUGGGCAGUGUUUCCUCCAGGGAGAGCGACGACUACGAUCCUCAGACGCCGCUCUUCGACCAGAGAAAACGCAGGCCAGAGUUUGAACGAUCGAUCGAUCUUCCUGGCAACAGAACUUGCGAGGAAAUUCUCGCUGACAGCACGCUCAGUACCGUCGACUCGGAUUCCUGUCUCGAGGACAGGAUCAAGUCUUUGGACGAGGACAUCAGAGAAAAGGAGUACGAGAGAAUCGAGGAUGAUUCUGACAAUGUGGAAGUUGAUCGGCGAAAAGAGAUAGAGUUGGAAGCUUCUAAUCUGUGGAACGAGUCCGUGUAUUUAUUGUCGAAGGAAUUCUGGAAUCCUAGGAACGAGACAGCCAAGAGUUUCACAGAACAACCGAAGCUCGAAAGCGAGAAAAUUUCGAGUUCCACGAACACAGACAGCGUUGAUUUUGCGUUAGUUAGAGAGAGUUGUAAAACAGACGGCUACGCGAAUCUGAUAAGAGAGUUCACCAUGGAGGCGGGCACUUCCUCUCGCACGAAGAAAGAGGAGAAACAAAAGAAGAAACUGGGCCUUCGUCGUCUGCUGCCUGGUUUCUUCUCUCCGAAGGAUUCUCGAAAAGACUACAAGAAGAAGGAGUCUAAAGAGAGAAAGAGGCCCGACGACAGACACUUUGCUCGUUACCAGCAAAAUGGGAACUACACCAGGUCUCCUGACACGAUGAAUCUGAACGAAGAUAUAAAGAGGAACGUGAAGUUGGACAACAGCCUGAACGGAUCGAUAAUCGAGGAGAGGCUGGACGAAAUUAAACGCGAGCUCUUUCCGGAUCAAGGACCCAUAACGAGCACCCCGGAUCACCUAGCCAGAGAUGAGGAUCACGAAGGUCUGUUACGCGAUCGAAGCGGAGCUCCGAGAUCUUAUACGACUGAUUCCAGUCUAAGCUCUAUCGCGCCGGACGAAAGGUGGAACGAGCGGAACGCGCAGCUGGGAAUCUCGCCCGAUAUCAGGAAAUUCGAGCAGAGGCAGAAGCGUGAGGAAUUUAGCCAGAGAUACGGCCAGCGAUACGCCCAGCUGGAACGAAAACACAGUCUGCAGGAGCCGAAUCACGCGAGUAGACCGCCUUACUUCUUUCAGAGGAAUCACGCACCUUCUGGAAGGAUCUCUGCUCCACCUAGCGAGAGGUACUUAGUUAGGCCCAGGGCCAUUCAUCCGAUGGAUCGACCGUUACCCGCGAUACCUCACUCAAGGACCGAAUUGGCCAACUACGAGAACUAUUUGGAGGAGCAAGAGGAAAGGCAAGAGCAAAUAGCCAGAUUUGGAAAGAACGCGUACGAUAAGCCGUCGGAAUAUCUGAACGAACCUGGAUUGUAUGAAAAUGACAAUCCUCCUGGUCUGAUUUUGAAGUCUGUGUCUGCACAGGUGAAGAUCACUAGGCAGCCGAUAGUAAAUCAGAAUCACAGAGCCCCUUUGGUAGGUAGAUCCCCCAAGUACCUUUCCUCAGGGUCCAGUCAGAAAUCUGGAGAUUACGGGGAUUCGAGUUGCACACCCAAUUCCAGCCAGAAAAGCGAAUUCUCGCCAUCCAGUUCGAAGAGCGGCGAAUAUUAUUUACAUUCGCCUCGAAAUAGUGGGUCUCCCAAUGGACGCGAGUUCGACGAGGAAGAUUCUAGGCGAGAAGGGAUCUACGAAAAUGAGAAAUCGCCCUCCAGAUCGUCGACUAGAUGCAUGGAUGAGAGGAUUUAUGACGAGACUCCUGCUUCGCCUUCUCCUUGCCAAGAAAAUUCGGCCAAUGCUAAGCAACUCGACCGUUCGAUCGAAGACUCUUUGGACAAGAGAGUUUCCCCGUCUCAGAGAACUCGUUCGAGGGGAGAAAGAUCUGUUUCGCCGAGAGAAAAUCUUGUGAAUGAAAAACGCGAGGAUGAAAGGCAAGCUGGAGAAGCGAAUAAUCGCGAGGAAUCGAAUCGUGGUCCGACUUCUCCUAGCGGAAGCCAAGGCAAACCGAUUUCUCCCUUUGGAUCGCGACAACGUCUACCAGCUUCCAGGAGAGCUCAGCCCAACGAGCAGAUUCUGAUAGCUUCUCCGAAAAGAGAAACCACCUGCGAGACGAGAAUACCACGUCCUUCGAACGACUCCAGACGCUGCGCUAUAGAAUCACCUGUUCACAUGACGAACACACCUCGUAAACUUGUUAACGUUAAUUCCGUGGAUCAACGUAACCAAGAUUCCAGCCCAAAUAAGGAUGCUACUAUGACUAAAGGCACUGCAGGGGCCAAUGGAAACUUUAAUACAGAAAUACCGAGACCAGAGCCCAUUUACGGAUACAAAAGUCAGAGAAACGCGGUUGUUAGCUCUCCAAGAAUUCAUUCACCGGAAAACAUAAACCAUAGAUCGGAUAAUGUAAAUAGGAACGACGGUGAUGACAGAGUGGCUUGGGUUCAAGCACACACGUCUUCUCCACAAGCAAGUCCACAGCAGCCAAGCGAAGCUCGUACGAGUCCGCUGAAAGAAGUUCAACCAAACACGCAGAAGUCUGUCCAUUUGACCGAGUCAGGAUCCAAAGAAAAUCAUCAUCAUCGAGAGCAGACUCAUUAUUCGCAAAAUGCUGUUGCUUCUCGUCAGGCGGAAAUUCAAUUAGCACGAAAUGCUAAUAGAGUUGGCGUAGAAGAGCAAAGUAUUUCACAGCAGCAAGAGUCUCGGCCAGAAACGAUGUACGUUCAGAAAAUCUGCGAACCAAUGUAUGGACAACGGGGAACAUUGAGCAUUAAUAGCGGACCUUUGUCACCUUCGAAACAAAAGACCAGACAGCAUUUAGAAGCAUUCUACUGGCAGCAGAAGGCGUUGGAAGCACACAGAAAGUCGCUGGCCUCUCCUGUGAGCGCCAGCUCCAGACAGAUGGCUCGAAAAAUUGAUUUACCCGAGGUCAGGGAAGCGGUGUACUGGCAGCAGCUCAAGAAGCUGGAUGAGGAACAACAACGACGUAUUUACGAGCAGAAUCUGAUAGAGGAAUCCUCUUAUUGCAAGAAGAAUCCCGUCAGAACGUCGACACCUAGACAAACUGCGAUUCGAAGUCCCACGAGUGUUGCCGUGCCUGUUGCUCACGGUAACCCAGCUUCGUGGUCCGCUGGUAAUCUUCGAUGUUCUAAAUCGAAUCCUAUAGGAAAACCGCCUCUAAUGCAAAGUCAGAAGGGCCAGAAUCAGCCUGUUUUGAUCGUCAGACCUCAACAGGCCAUUCGCGAUCGUCGCGAUUUGGUUCCAUCCAAACCUCUGGAGCCCGCUAGACAAGAAGCGCAAAGAAGCAAAAGUGCUUCUCCACAUUUUCACAGAGGAGAGGGGCAAAUGGUUCCGAGGAAACUCGAAGUUUCUUCGAUCUACGAGCAGGAGGCGAAUGACGUCGACGGAAAGACAGUCGCGCCUCCGCCGAUUUUCAAGAGGGGAAGCUUGAUCGGCGGAGAAUCUGUGGAGUAUGGAACCGCCGGUGGCGCGAAAAGGGUCAGUUUCUCCAACCAGUCGGCCGUUGGUCAGGAUUUGGCUAGUGGAAGCUGGCCAACGAAACAUGGCACUGCCCCGGAACCACCGACUAGGAGACACAGGAGCGAAGACAGUGUUUCCGAUUCCGAUUCCGUGUUCCUGCAUCAGGAACGUAGGGAUGUGAAUUGCCUGGAUGGUACGGAGUAUGACGCUGACAGACCUCUGCCGCCUUUGCCCAAAGAUGUUGCAUGUGGCGCGAAAAGCGUAUCUACAGCUGGACCAGGACCCGCACGGAGUGUCGCCUAUAGCGAAGUUCGUUGGAACAGUGGGAACGACCCUAGGAGGGCUGUUAGUCCGCAACGAGUACUUCAGCAAAAGGAGGAAGAGUGGAAUUCGGAUGGCAAGGGUCGACAGUCCAACGACAUCGGUGGGUCCGGCAGGGGGGAGGGUGAGGCGGGCUCGAACGAGGUUGCAACUGGUCGGCGAGGCGGCAGUGGCGGCGGCGUGGGUAGUGGAGUCGGAGGGGGCGGGGGCGGAGGUGGAAGUGUGUUGGGGGUUGGAGGUGGCGGAAGCGUCGGCGGAGGCUCGGGGGGCAGAAGCGGUUCAGGGGGUGGUGGCCGAUCGAGGGACGAGCCGAGGAGGCACACCCUCGGCGGCGAUCACCAACCGUCCCUACAUCAUCAGCAGUUCAACGCGGCCCAGCAGCUACACCCCCUUCAUCCCCAUCAUCUGCCGCCGCCACACGGCCAAUACGGUACGCCGCCGACGCGUCAUACCACCAUGGAUCUCGAGAUGGGGACCAAGUCUCGCCAGAGAAAGUCGCCUCUUCCGCGUGGGUACCCACCUCCCUCUUCGACGAUGUUAUUCGAUGACGACCCGGGCAUCAUGUCCGAGGUGGAGACAUCGAGCACUGGAUUUCGACGGGGUGGUAAGCAAAGAAGCAGCCUCCCCGUCGUACGGACCCCCAGCAAAACUCUGGAGCGACCACUAGGUCUAGUGUUCCUGCAGUAUAGAAACGAGACGAAGCGGGCGCUCCUACCCAACGAAAUCACUAGCAUAGACACCGUUAAGGCUCUCUUCGUCAGAAGUUUUCCCAAACAACUCACUAUGGAAUAUCUAGACAGUCCUCACGUCAAGGUUUACAUACACGAUAGCAACAAGGACAUGUUCUACGAACUCGAAGACCUCAGAUCGCAUCUGAGAGACAUCCGAGACCGCAGCGUCUUGCGACUGUUCGAGAGCACUGACGGUGUGACAGGGAUGCCAGGACCGUUGGGGAUACCGGGAACAGGAACAGGACUACCUCCUCACUGGGAAGACCAGAGUUAUUUCAGCGAGCCGGAAUUCGACAGCGAAUAUCAACAUCAGCAUAUUCACAAAAGCAAGGUCUUAUCGACGCUCCAUUCACGUUGCAUAUCGUUGGAAUUAAACCAUGAUCUGCUUGCCAAUACGGCGAAGAAUUCGACUUCCGGAAACAGCGGCUAUUACGUCGGAGGAAGCAGCACUCUGCCACGCGGAGGCCAACUAAUGAGAGCGUACAGUCCUGCGGCGUCGUCGGUAGUCGGAGGACCCAAUGCAACGCCUACUCAACCGAAACCUCUCGCCACUCCAGAUGGUUGGAUAGGUGGUGGCGGGGUGCCGCCGGCCAAGCCGCUUCGCAGCUACCAGUGUGGUAAGAGUCCCCUUGGAAGCCUCGGGGGCUCGGCUCGCUUCUCUAGAGACAGCUCGGUCUCCCUCUAUAGUAUAACAGAUCGAUUGCACGGGGAAAGCGGUUAUAUGAGCAGUCCAGAAAGAGGUGGAGGAGUUGGCUCUGGAACUGGAAGAUAUCCACCUGGUCCUUACAGCGCUGGAAGCAGCUACGAGGACCCGUACUACUCGCAGUAUUCGGGAACAGUGACACCGGUCAUCGACGAGGAAGCCAGUGGGUGGUGCAGCGAUACGGAGCUGUUGGAGGAAUCGUACAACCUUUACGGUGUGAAACCGCCAGGCCGUCCGCCAUCCGGUCCUCCGCGAUCCCCGUUUCCUCCAGGGGCACCGCCACCUUUGCCAUCCGGUGGCCAGAGCUACGACGCUACUCGGAUAAGGGUAGAACACAUGGAGAGGCAGCUGGCAAACCUGACAGGUCUAGUGCAGAAGGCUCUGACCCACGCACCUCACACGAGUCCAUCGCCUCGUGAUUAUCUACAAGUUCCAGCUGGACGCGAUCCUUACGCGAGAGGACCAGGCGCCGGGGACGAGUUCGACAAACACUCUAGCUCCAGCUCUGCCUCAUUGCCAGUGUCUCAACCUGCCGUUACAGAUGACUCAUACUUAAGGACUGACGUAAAACCACCAAAGUUAGGCAAAGACAAGUCGGUGUCGUUUGAAAAGUCAGUGUCCUUCAGUGACGAGCCACCAGAUAUGAAUUCCCCCAAGCAGCAUUCCCCGCAGCACGCAGCGGACACAAAACCAACAAAACCGGCGAUCAAAUCCUCCACGUUGCCGAGGAUGUCUUCGCAAGAGAGAGACAGGCACAAGCCGACACCGCCACCGAAACCGGCAGCACUGGUAGCUGGCCAAUAUGUUUAUCGUGACAUGGCUCUGACACCGGAAAUGUACAACCAGCUGCGAGGUUUGCAGAAGAAGGCGAAGGACCUCAGGCAAGAAGUUAGGAAUCUGAGACGCAUGUCUCAGGCCCAGGCGCACACCAUACGAGAGACUAUAUUGGAUACGUUCAUCACCAUCAGGACAAUGUUGCUGUCGUGCGGCGACGCAGCUUGGGAUGCGGAGAAGAUUCGACUGAGCCGCGAGGAAGACCUCUACAGGCAGGAGAUGUUGAGGCUGGUAAAAGAUCUAACCGAGCUGGAGAACACGGUGGAGGAACUACGUGGCAAUGUCAUAAACAGAAAGACAAGGGUCAAUAUGUCGGAUGUGGAGAACAUGGCCUUGAUAAUGAGCAAAUCCAGCAAAACGGUGGCGGACCUGAAGGUGCGAUUCCCGAGUCUUCAGGAAGGUAUGAAGGGUUUAUUGAGCUCUGAAAUGGAGAUGGUCGUACGAGCGGAGAAAUUCCUGAAAGAAGAGCCAGAACGAUUAGAGUCGGCGUUGAAGCGUUGCAAAAAGCUCACUAGUACCCUCGUGACGCUCAAACGUUUGGCGUCGGUGCAAGAGCAGCGAUUACCAAACGCAGCAGCGAGCGUAGAUGCCGAGGAGACGCCACCGAUAACACCGACCUCUGCUCAACAUUCCAAGGCAGCUGCCCCUGUGCCAGCGGAACGCACUGUCGUGGGGUCAGCGAGCGUCAUCGGGGGAGGGCCCCACUCUCACGAACCACCCGCCACCCAUCAGCAGCGUCCGGAGAACGCACUCGACGCUCUGCUAGACGAACUGCAGACGUUUUCGAGGCCAAGCUCGCAGCUAGGUCACGCGCAAGGCUCCUCGACGAUGCUUUCCGAGCUGGGCAGGUCAGGAAGCAGAGGAGAGGCAGUCGGUGCAUCCACGGUAGCAACAACGGGUCGACCGCCGUGCAUCUCGGACAUAGGACGGAAGGGGAGCGUAGAUUCUUCCAGUGGAACGUUGUUACCAAGCGGCGGAACACUGGCGCCAACGGUAGGGCCACCAAACGCCGGAGGAACGCUUCGCAGAUUGCACUCUUAUCCGUCUAGUUCGGAUACAGACACGUCGCCCCCUAUAGCGAGACUUCAGGUGUCCCUGCAGGAGCAGCCGAGUCUGCCUACGCUGCCGCAAGGAUUCGUUCCCGGACAGAAGCCACCGGUGCCUGAGAGAAACGCGGAGCUACUUCAGCUGGCCAGCGCCAGAAGGGUGCCACCGCCUCCACCGCCGCGCACCAGCUCCAGGUCUCCCUUGGCUAGUCCCACCAGCCCUCAGCUACCACCUAGAAACCAUUCUUAUAAUUUACAGAGCGCCAACGCCACGCUUCGAAGGCCACCGGCACGCGGUACCCUUCCUAUUAAAGAGGGCAAGCCUCCCAUGGCUCUACCAACAGAACAGCCUGUGGCUACGCUCGAGAGCACAGCACCCAAUCCAGUGCUUCAUAACAACUCAACGAGCUCUCAGUCGUCAGCCGUGCUAUCCACCAGCAAUUCCAGUUCCUGCGAGAGCGUCAACUCGCAGGAAGGUCUGCAGAGCAAGAAGGGUAGGCAGGAGCAGCUGGAGCAACGGCAUCAGGAGCUGUUGCGUAAACAGAAGGCUCUGCAGGAGCAAUACGCGAGACUGCAACAGUUACAAAGGAACACGGCAGGUCUGACUACAAUUCCGCCUGCGCCACCAGAUCUUUUGAAGAAGACAGGAUCCGAGAGUAAUUUGUUGGCUAAGAUGGGCUUGGGACUGAGCACUGCCAGCUCUGGAUCCUUAACUAGUCUAACUGCUGCUAAGCAACCCUCUGUUACUCAAGAGGUAGUUUCUGUGGAUGGCGUUCAUGCGCGACAAGAAGAGUCGAACGAACAGCAGAGGAUGGCCAACUGCAACGUCGCGUCCAACGUAAUCGCAACGACCAACUCCGGCGAAUCUAACGGCAGUCAGACAGCGAUCGUUGCUUGUAACACGUCGGCAGCGAGCGUUUCCGCCGUAGCGUCAACGACGUGCAGCACCGCGAGUACGACGGCUACCACUACCACUAGCAAGAUCUACGAAACGGAUAUUCUGUGACCGAGAAGCCGUUCGUUGCUCGAGGCGAGCGUAAACGUGGCUGCCGCCGAAGUCGUGCUCGCGAGUUAACCGCGUUUUAAGCAAGCGAAGGAUAAAAACUGGGGAACGAAAGGGCGCUUUUUGUGGGAAGAUUAGAUCGCGACGAGGCGACCUCGCCGGCUGGAAAGUAGAGAAAACAGCGUAGAGAACUUAGCGAGUCACGCGUAAUUUAUAAUAUCGAUUAUCAUAAUUAAUAACGAUAUAUAGUAUUACUAAUCGUAAACGAAAAGCGCAAUCUCUCUCUUUCGGAACGCAUAAUCCGGACGCAUAAUAAUAGGGAGGCGAAAGAGGCUGGGAGUGAUCCCCUCACGAUCGUUUAGGAAUAAAAAAAAGUUGGGCGAUUCGAAGAUCUAGUUCCUGGUUUAGACAGGAUAAAAUGAUUGUAUCGUCGAGCAUACGUCAAGUUGUAGCGACGAUUGUGCCAAAAUGGAGAGCGAAAGCCGAUAAACAACCGAUAAAACGACACGCCCCUUUACUCGCGUUUUCUCCUCGAGCCAAGCUCUGCUAACUUCGAGCGAAUAAAACCGACUGUCGCUAUGAUUGUGGUCUAUCAUGCAUACCUAUGAGUAUAUCUAACUAUAUCUACGAAAGAGAAACGAUAAAUUUAUAUACACAAAGCACAGGAGUAAGAUGAGAAUUUCUAUAUAAACGAAUAUUUAAGCGAAUAGAGUUAGAUUGAUAGAGAAGCAGCAGAACAGCGUCGUAAUACACUGUCGUGUCAUGUCAGAUAUCCUUGGCAGAGAACGUUUAAUGGGAAUGUUUAUUCCUGUUUAAGAACCGGCUAUGUACGAACUCGCACAAAGUGCUAACGACCGCGCUGAAAGAAACUAUAUCUCUCCUUAUAUUUACUUGUAAGUCACGGUGUGUGAAAGAUUCUUCGUAUGUUUCUAAGUAGCUUUGAUCGGAAAAAGAAAAAAGAUGUAACCUCGAUGGAAAACGCGAGGGUAGAGUGCGAUCUUAUCUCGUGUCGUGGUAAACGCGUUUCGGUUAAUGCUUUAUUUCCAUUAUAUUGGCAUAAUAAUUCCAAUAUAUUGGAAUCGAUUCUCCAAUAAUGGAAAUUCCGAAGAAGAUCAAUUUUUCGACGGACAAUGGCAAGAUCGAAAGGAACAUUGCUCAAUAUUUACCGAUCGAAAAAUGCAGCGAGUGUUUACACGGCGUUGUCAAACUGCUUGUCGAUUCGUUCCAAAGUAUGGUUCGUUUCGUGAAAAAUUUCUGCAAAAUCUCGUGAGAUCGGCAUGUAAAUUAUCAUUCGAUGUAUCAUGUGAUGACCGACUCGUUUGCUGGCUUCACGAAUUUGCCGUAUCUUCGACCGAUCGAACCUAACCCCAAAUCUACAUCUAAUUAGCGCGUUCUUGGAACGAUUCGCAGCGCUAUUCCACGCCAAACGUUCAUUCCUAAUUCGAUUAGCUGAUUAAAUUGAUUCGCUUGAAUCGCGUCAGAGUUCGUUGAUAGAGCAUGUCGCAGUUGUCACGCGCCAAUCCCAAAUUUCUGUCAGCCUUUAAGAAACCGCGUGAUCUGUUGGUGAAAUUCGCGGUAUCCCUGUUAAAAAAAAACGCAGGAAGCGCGAGAGAAAGAAGAAUGAGUAGAGAACGACGAUAUGAUGUAAGAUUCGGUAGUAACGUUGACAGCGAAGAAGAAUACCCGCUGCUUUUGUUAUCGAGGUCGUAGAGAGAUGUCGGACUAGCGAUGAGCUAAACGGAAUAAGAUAACCGUGCUUCCCAGUGCUCGACAGAAAUCAGAGAUACACAUUUAUAUAAUCGAUAUGCGCAUACUUUGCUUCGAGAGGCCUAAUAGCCGAUAGAUUUGAUUCCGUGCUUCUUCCUUUCCGUUCAUUUUCCUAUUCAACUGGAAUGAUUGCUUGCCGCGGUUUUCCCUUUCUUUCGUCGCGUCGUCAUUCUUUGAUAGUCGAUUAGUAAAGAUUUCGUCUACUACGCCGAUCGUAAUCGUGGCUAUUAUUUAUUUUCUACAUACACCAUGAAACGCAUCUAUAUGGAAGUAAUAAUUAAUAUACAUAUAACGAUAAGAAGUAAUAUGAAUAAGAAUAUGGAUAAUAACGAUCGAUCACAGUAUUCAGUUGCGAGUGUUUAUCAAAUCAUUAAACGAUCAAGACGGUACACGAUCCCAACGAACAAGCACUUCUCGUUCGAUCUUCACAGUCGAACUUGUAUAUUGUUCCAUUCACGACAAGUAGGUACUUACAUGCAGCAGCCUCCAGUCGCAUAAUUUGCAUUUGUACAAAGCUGCUUUCUCUCAACGCGCACUUCUUCGUUUUCUGCCGAUUCGAUCCCUUUCCUCUCCUACCAUCCUUCCUUUGUUCCUCCGUUUAUCUACUCACGAAAGUAUACGUUUCCUAUUUUACGUAACCGAGUCACAUCGCAUCCUCGACAACCACCCCAUGGCUCAUGAUCUAUUAUCCAUGGCCCAACCCAUCCCCAGGCAAUAAUUUCUCCCUCGAGAGGUGUGAAAUAUCGAUGCCACACCUUUCGACCACGAGACGCAAAAGCGGGACCCGAAAUCGAUUCAGUUAUUUCCAGAAUGUUAGCCAAUAAUCGAUAUGUAAUGUUUUCCGACGAUCCUGUACGCCAAAUCGAAUUGACUUGUUACAUUUGUAAAUGUUUGUAAGUAACUAUCACGUAAUAAAAUAAUCGAUUAAUAAUCAUCGAAA